CCGGCGUCGGGAAGGGCGGAGGAAGCGCCAGCCGCCGGCCCUGAGGACAGAUCUUGAAGCAGGGCCGCGGGCAGGAUGGCGGCUGAGGAAAGCGCAGCAGACACUCUGCGACUCCAGUUCAAGGCCAUGCAGGAGCUGCAGCACAGGAGGUUACAGAGACAGAUGGAGAAGAAGAAGGAGAAAGAGCUGAGCUGCAAAAGCAAAGUCGACCAGGAGGGGCUUGCAGAGAUCCCAGACAGCCUCAGCCUCCUUGACACAGAGGAGCAGAACCUGAAAAACAUCUUUGAGAAGAGGGUGCUGGAAGACGAAAUCCAGCAGCUUCGUAGUGAACUCAGGGAGACAGUCGAUGAGAACGGGCGGCUGUAUAAACUGCUGAAGGAGAGGGACUUUGAGAUCAAACACCUCAAGAAGAAAAUAGAAGAGGACAGGUUUGCCUUCACAGGGGCAACUGGGAUGGCUGGAGAUGUGGUUGCUACCAAAAUCGUUGAACUGUCCAAGAAGAACCGGGGACUGAUGGCAGAGUCCGAGAGCGCAAAGGCUAGAAUAAAGCAGCUGACUAAUCGCAUCCAGGAGCUGGAGCAGGAACUGCAGAUGGCACCAGCCAGGCUACCAGCCAAGGGGACCACUGACACAGAGGACAAGCCACUGAGGACCCAGAUAGGGGACAGAGCCUUGCCAGAGACCCCAGAGGUGAAAGCUCUACAGGAGAGGCUUGCAGCCACCAACCUGAAGAUGAGUGACCUACGCAACCAGAUCCAGUCUGCAAAGCAGGAACUCCGUGUGGCCCAGAAGGUUCUGGCCAAUGAAGUUGGGGAAGAUGUAAAUAUCCAGCAGCUCCUGGCCUCACCAGGGACCUGGAGAGGGAGGGCUCAACAAAUUCUAGUUUUACAGAGUAAGGUCCGGGAGCUUGAGAAGCAGCUGGGACAGCGGCAAAACAAGACGGCAGGCUCAUCGAGCUCAGAGCUGCCUCUCAAUUCAGACCCUCGGAAGCUGACCGCACAAGAGAAGAACCUCCUGAGGAUCCGCAGCCUGGAGAAGGACAAGCAGGAAAGCUGGGAGAAACUGGCCAGUGAGCGGGACACCCUCCAGACAGAGCUGGAGGAUCUGAGAAGGAAGUUUGAGGGCAUGCGGUCUCGCAACAAGGUGCUGUCCAGUGAGGUGAAGACCCUCAGGAGCCAGAUGGUGACCCUGGUGGAGAAGGGCAGGCAUGAUGAUGAGCUGAUUGAUGCCCUCAUGGACCAGCUAAAGCAGCUGCAGGACAUUCUGGGCAGCCUGAGUGUGCAGGAGGAAUCGAGGCGCACAUCCCAGCACCACCUGGACCAGAAGAUCAACAGUGAGGCCCAACGGAGCAACAGCCUUGUGGCCCAGCUGCGGGCCAUGGUAGCUGAGCGCGAGGCCAAGGUGCGGCAGUUGGAGCUGGAGAUUGGGCAACUCAGUGUGCAGUAUCUUCACAGUAAAGGAGGGGGUGAGGGGACAAGCCCCACCCAUGCCAGGUUCCCUGAGGACCAGACCCCGAUAACCAACUCUCCGGCCUCGGCAGGCGAUCAUGUCGGCAGGCUAGGAUCCUCUCGCUCUGUGACCAGCCUGGGCCACACACUGGUGGAAUCUGCUCUCACGAGGCCAUCCCUGCCUAGUCCCCAUGGGACCUCACCCAGGUUCUUGGACUCCCCAGAACAGAAAGGCUGGCAGGCACAAGCUGCAGAAAUGAAGGCCCUUUGGCAAGCUGCCGAGGUGGAGCGGGACCGCCUCAAUGAGUUUGUCACUGUCCUGCAGAAGCGGGUGGAGGAGAGUAGCGGCAAGCUGCUGGAAGCCGAGCAGAGGCUGCAGGAGGAGCGGCAGCGUGCUGUCCUGCUGGAGCAACACCUGGAGAAAAUGCGCCUGGAGCCCUCCAGGACCUCGGUGUCGCAGAAAACUGCCAGGAACAAGCCAGGGCCACCUGCCACCAGCGCCAAGCACACCCCGACUGGGAGCGCCAAGAAAGACGCGUCCUCCACUCAGCUCUCCGAUAUGCCCAUGGAAUCCCAGAUAGAGGAGCUGACCGCCAGGCUGGCCAUCCAGAUGGAAGAGAACGGAAUCCUGAGAGAUGCCCUGGGCAGUGCCCUGCGUGGGAAGGAGGAGGACUUCCGCAUGUACCACCAGACCCUGGGCCAGGUGAAGGGGGUCUUCUUGCAGGCACUGCGGCAGCAGAAAGCCGGCAAGCAGUAGGACACAGCUGCUCCCUCAACUCCUGGAGGGCAGGGCCUUAGAGGACUGACCCCACUGGUGCAGGCUCCGCCCACGAGAGGCUCCACCCACGAGACUCCUCUCUGAAACCACUUGGAAUACUAACUGAGCUCAGACCUGCUCAGCAGGCAGGCUGAGGCUGAGGAUACCUGGGCCAAGGAACGGGCUGGCUAGCCCCAGCAGGACGUUUCUUUCAGCAAAUCCUGUUGCCCUUGUUCUAGGGGCCUGGCUAGCUCCCUGGGUCGCUAUAGGCUCUCCACACAUAGAUGAGCCACUUGGUGCUUCCUAAUGGAGGCAUCAACCUGGAACCAUCCAGAAGGUAUCCACUUGGCCACCCCUCUGCUGCACCCAGCCUCUCUGUGGACUUACUGCACAGGACGAAGCCUUGCGCUUGGCAUAACAAGGCUACUUUCACAGUCACUACAGCUCUGGUUGAGUAUGUUCCUGCCUCUGAUGGGGGGAACAUGGUCUCUAGUCAGUAGGGCUCUACAGUUGUGGUCACAGACUUUCAAAUAGAAGCUGAGCCAACUGGU